AUGGAACAUCUACCCGAAGAGAUCCUCAUUGGGGUUAUUGACUUACUAGAGCAUUCCAUAUAUCCCGAGCACAAAGUUGGCCUGCUCGGUCUGCGCCAAACAAGCAAAAAAUUCGCUAGAUUGGCUGCACCGGCAGUCUUCAAGGCAGUACCUGUAUGGAUAGGAGUGAAGAGUCUUCAAAGGCUCCAUGAUCUGUCACAUAACGAAAGAGUCGCUCAACAUGUCCAGAAACUUCGGUUCUCUACUCUUCAAAUUCAGGAACCAGUCCCGAACCAUCCUGAUUUGGACAUUCCUGAGGAGGAACUGUGCUUAGACACGACUUCUCAGGGUUCACAUCUCAUGCGUGUUGCCAAUUACGAGGCAAAGUAUGCCCAAUACUACAAAGGACAGAGCGUGCUAUACGAACGUAAGAUUGCCUCACAGAUUUUAAGACAAGCUCUGAAUCGUCUACCUCGCUUGUGUCAUAUUGAAGUUUACUUGUCAUGCCAUAUCAUUGGAGCCAAGGAGUUGAGAUCCGAUUUCGGUGCCAUUACGCAUGAAGAAUACUUUUGGGAUUCGGAAGCGACCCUGCCAAUUCUUCUCGACGCUCUUGAAGACUGCUCGUCGUCAAUAUCGUCCUUCAGCGUCUAUCCGGAAAACGAAGAAGCUCCCAGUGAUCCUGAUACAGAUCUGGCCAAGCCCCAUCCGGUGAGUACCGGUAUAAACGCGCUUCAAGGUUUUCCUGCUCGACUCGAUUGGGAACGACUUGAAUGCCUCAAUUUAGAUUCCGGCGCAUAUAGUCCAACGCAGGACGAAGAUGACCACGACAAGGCGAUUUCUACGACACUUGAUUACAUCAGAAAGGCGCCGCUAAUCAGUAAGUUGGUGCUCAGAGGAAUGUUUAAGGACACGGGUUUUCCUCCGUGGAGACAGAAACUUCCACAUUUAAGGCACCUAGAGAUAAGUCAAGUUGAGUUCACCGACAAAAAAUCUGUCGUGCGGGUCUUUGAUAACCAUCGUUCCACAUUGGAAACAGCAGUCUUUGCCACUGGGCUCUUUGGGCUUUAUGAUGAGGAUCAUCAAUUUGCCCAUUGGGCAGUCAUAGCGCAACAUCUGAGAGAACUUGACUUAAUAGCUUUGAGGGUGUUGAAACUUACCAUCGGAGGUUACAUGGAUGCCGUGGACUUCUGUCCCUACGUGAAAAGACAGACCGGGGUGUAUCCGAUCGCCAAAAACAACCUAGAGAAUAAGACGCAGGACAACACCGACGAAGAUUCUUUGUACGUUAUGUCCGACUCGGACAUGGACCAUACAGAGGAAUAUGAUUCGGACUGGGACUCAGAUGAAGCCAGGUCGGGGUUGGACUCAGAGACAGAUAAUACAAUGGAAUAA